ACCAAUUCCGCUUCUUCGCUCGGGGACAUAGCACUUUUGGUGACGUCAACAUCUCCGAUUAGUCCUGCGAAGCUCCCGCCUAUAACCCACCUACGAGACCAACGCACCACGCUGUAUAUAAUUGCACCCCCGUUUAUUAUUUUUUGCCCUAGUUCACAUAUAACACGAUGGGCGUUGCGAAGAAUGUCCUCGAACCAGGUGCAAUCGUCGCCGCGUUCACCGCAGGAACCCUCAUCAACCGGCGCCGGCACGCCAGCCUGAGGUCCUCUCACCCCGAUGUCGAAUCGCCAUUACUCCAUAGUGCCCCCGAAGAUCUGAAGCCAGACGACGAGGGCUACGACGAGCGCAGGAUCCGCAACCGCCGCACCAUACAAUCCCGGCUUCUGGCCAAGUUCCCCUUCCUGCUAGAAAUAUGGUAUUGGUUGCUCACGUACUGGAUAUACCAGGGCCUCCGGGCCUUUUCCGCUCGAAUGAUCAGCGGCAAUAAACCCAUCUUCGACAGGGCUGAGCGCCACGCGCUCUCCAUCCUAUCUCUUGAGCACCUCCUGCACCUCGACAUCGAACUAUCAGUUCAAAGAUUCGUCUUCCGGCAAAAGCCAUGGCUCAUGGCCUUCCUGGCACGGGUAUACUACUCACACAUUGUCCUCGGGGUGGUGUUCGUGGUCUAUUGCUACACCUUCAUGCCACGGGACAAAUACCAAGCGAUCCGCCGCACCCUGGCCCUCGAGAACGUCAUUGCCUUCACGAUCAUCACACUGUGGAGAUGCAUGCCUCCCCGUCUCCUACCGGAGGAAUAUGGGUUCAUCGACGUCCUGCACAGCAACAGAGGCGGCUCCGCGUGGACGCAGAAUAAAUUCCAGCUCACGAUCGCGGCGAUGCCCUCGCUCCAUUUCGGAAACUCGGUCUUCAUCGCCCUCUGCUUGCUCAAGUUCAGCCCCCAUUGGUACCUGCGUGUCAUCGCACCCUUCUGGCCGAUGACAAUGGGACUCACGAUCGUCGCGACAGCCAACCACUUCAUCCUCGAUGCGCUUGUCGGUGCCUCCGUGACUGUCACCGCGUUCAACUUCAAUCAGUUCAUGCUGUACCUCCUGCCCGUUGAGACGAUGCUCUUCAGAUUGCUCCGCUUAGAGAAACCCUAGAUGAUAGACUGCCCGCCCUAGACUACAUGCAUAUCUGGAUAACCCGUUGUGUGUGUAUAUGCAUCUUUAGCUCGAGCAGAGGAGUAG